AUGUUGCCGCGUAGCCUCCUCCUGCUGCUCACGGCCGCGCUAGCCACAUCCAGCUCAAACACUCCAGAGCAGUCUACACUGGAAGCGCCGCCGUUUACAGAGUUCCCAUGGAUCCAACGCUUUGCAUCGAUAGGCGACUCAUACGCUGCCGGCCUGGGUGCAGGUGACCGCUUGGACUUUUAUUGCUCCCGAUAUGCGAAGUCCUACCCAAACAUCUUACAUACAUCACUUCUCGGGUACAACAAGAACAGAACACACCAGUUCUUGUCCUGCUCCGGACAAACGAGCACCGAGAUCCUCGAAAUUCAAGUGCCUACCUUGAGUGAUGACCUUGACCUUCUAACCAUCUCCGCCGGGGGCAAUGACAUCGGCCUCUCGCCCAUACUUAGCAACUGCGUCUACCAAUUUUACAUGGCCUCCGAAGACGACUGCAAGUCGAGCAUCCAAGAAGCUGCCCAGCGCGUCGCAUCAAAAGACCAACUCUACAAGAACAUUACCACGCUCAUCGACGCCACAAAGCCCAAGAUGAGCCCCCACGGCAUCAUCUACGUGACCGGCUAUGCGGGCUUCUUCGGCGUUGACGACGACACAUGCGACAAUGUCACUUGGGCUGUAUGGUCCACCGUCGAGUCCUCAAAGCAAUAUCUUAAGCUCGAGCUGCGGCAAGCGCUCAAUGCCUUGGUGCGCGCCGUCAACACCGUGCUUGAGGAAGUUGUGGCUGACAGCGGGCCUGGCGUACGCUUCAUCGACUACGAUGCACACAUCGAAGCGCUGCGCGGCCGGUACUGCGAAGCUGGCGUUACGGAGCCUGCACCGAAUCGGCCUGCGCUUGCGUUCUACGAGUGGAAUACUGUGGACAGCGGCGAGGAUCCUAAGAAGCUGCGGAACAGGACGGGCGAGGACGUACCCAAGGGCACCUUCGAGGGUGAUAUCGCGGAGCGCAUUAAUAAGACGUUGAAGGAGCACCCUGAGUGGGAAUUUGAUCCUGAGAAGGGGUUUGUGAACAAGACGAAGGCUGGGGAAGUAAAUGGUGAAGGGGCGAUUGAGAAUACGAUUCAUUGGUUGUUGCCAGAUAGUUGGAAGAGAGUAUUCCAUCUGAGGCCUGAGGGGCAUGGAACUAUUGCUAGGUUAUUACUAGAGGACUUGUUGAGAAACGGGGAUGGAAGAGAAAAGGAGAGACUGGAAUUGUGA